AUGGUGAACUCCACGCUCUCGUACUUCGUCCUGAGCGCGUACCUUCCUCUGGGGAGCGUGCGCUUUGUCUUGGUGCUGUGUGUGGCUCUGAUCUACACCCUGAUCCUCGUCUUAAACUGUUUUUUGGUGGUUCUGAUCCUGGUGAGCCGGAGUCUCCAUGAGCCCAUGUACCUCCUGCUGUGUUCUCUGUUUGUGAACGAGCUCUAUGGAAGCGGAGGCCUGUUUCCCUUCCUCUUGGUGCAGGUUCCUCUGGACAUUCAUGUGGUUUCCGCUCCCUUCUGCUUCCUCCAGAUCUUCUGUCUCUACACCUACGCCCAAGUGGAGUUCUGCACGUUGGCGCUGAUGGCGUACGACCGUUACCUGGCCAUCUGCUGCCCCCUGCAGUACCACACGCGAAUGACGCUGCGGCGUGUGGGGCUUCUGGUGCUUCUCGUUUGGAUCUUCUUGUUCCUGAAGUUCUUGGUGACUCUGUCUCUGAGUCUGCGCCUGACCUACUGCGGGAACAGCAUCUCUAGCGUCUACUGCCAUAACUACCUGGUGGCGAAGCUGGCGUGCUCCGGGAACUCGGUGAACAACUUCUACGGCCUGUUCGGCGUGGUGCUGACCGUCCUGGUGCCGCUCGUGCCCAUCGUCUUCUCGUACGCACGCAUCCUGAGCAUCUGCUACGCCGGCUCUGGCCACGCGAGGCAGAAGGCCCUGAGCACGUGCACGCCACAAAUCGUCUCACUCUUAAACUUCUCCUUCGGCUGCAGUUUUGAGAUCCUGCAGAGCCGCUUCGACCUGAGCGCCUUCCCGGGGCUCGUGAGGGUACUGCUGUCUCUGUACUUCCUGGUGAUGCAGCCACUGCUCAACCCGCUCAUGUACGGCCUUCAGAUGAGCCGCAUCCGAAAGGCCGCGCGCCGCCUGCUCUGCCCCGCCCACAAACACUCCUCCCACGGCCCCGGCACCAAAGAACAAGCACUCACCGUCGAAUAA